GCAGACUGAGCAAUGUCGUGGAGCGAUCAAGCUGCUGCAAACAAUGCUCGGGAUCUGCGUACUGCUCGUCUGGCUGGGUUUUUCCAGCCAGUUCCGUGCGCAAGCUGCAAUGAUAGAGUGUGCUCCAUGCAGUGAGGAGGAGAUGUCCUCCUGCCACCCCCCCAGGGGCUGCGAGCUGGUGAGAGAGUCCGGCUGCGGCUGCUGCCUGACAUGCGCGCUGGCGGAGGGAGCGGCGUGCGGUGUGUACACCGAGAGUUGCGCGUCUGGCCUGAAGUGUAUGCCCCGCGGCGGGGAGAGGGCGCCGCUUCAGGCGCUGCUGCAAGGUCGGGGCAUAUGCCGCAGGUCGAAGCGUAAGAAUCUAGUUCAGCACACUGGAAACCUGGACGCUGAUGAAAAAUACGCCUUGGGAAAGAGACAAGAUGGCAAAAACCAUGGAAAGUCGCUUGAAGGUCCUAGCCACCACUUGAAACUGAAACCUCAUCGUGGAAAUCGCUAUUCAGCAUUGGGAACUGUGCACACUGUGACGAACCCUUCAAAGCCUACUCCGGUAACUACACUUCUGCCAGAUUCUGAAUAUGGCCCAUGUCGGAGGGAAAUGGAGUUGAUUCUGCAGGAUCUGAAGCCGGAAUUUUUCCGCAGUCCAGAAGACAUCUACAUCCCAAACUGUGAUAAGAGAGGCUACUACCGAAACAGACAGUGUAAACCAUCAAAAGGCAGAAAGCGUGGCCAUUGCUGGUGUGUGGAUAGAUAUGGUCACUCAAUUCCUGGGCUGCCAAGCAGGAAAAGGUCUGUGUCCUGUUCACAAACUGCAUCUUCUGAAGAAGCUGGAUAUUAGUUUGUGCAGGGCGGUAUUGCCUGAAGUUUCCGAAGAGAAGAUUAAAUUAGAAAUGAGAUCUCUCCAAUCAAUCUUGCUCCGUAUCUGUAGGUCAACUCCAAAAAAGGUUUGCAGGCUUUCUUGGAGUCACGUCUGAUGGAAGUAGUUUAGUUUAAAGAUUAGAAAACAUGCAACAACUGCUCUGAGAGUCUUCUGAAAUCUGACUUUAAUUCUAAUUCCUGGUUGUUCCGAACAUGGGGCCAAAUUCUUUAGCCAGAUUGUUUCAGCGCCAAGUCCCUGCCAGUAAUAUAAUCCACUGGCAUGGUUUCUAUGCCCCAUAGCUUGAUCAUUUCUUCAUCCCAGCACCAGUCUCGAGCUGGAGCUACAGAAAGUCCUCCUGGUGAAGUUGUUUCUGUUAAAACACUCAAGUUAAAUCUGAAAUUGCCAUUUCACAGAACACCCAGAAUAUAGUAGAGAGCUUCUCCUGGUAACACAGUGAGUGAAAGCACUAGCUGAACUAGCACUGAAAGACACCGACUAGGUCAGUGCAGUAUUAGUUCCCAUCCAUUGGCCCCUGCUGGAGAAAGUGCACAUUUGUUGCUCUGUUCAAUGGUGAUGCAAAGCUUAACAACUCUCUCUAUUCAACUUCUUGCAUACAGCAGUAGUCAUAUGAGAUGGCACCACAUCCCAGCACAGGUGAAUACUUUCAGGAGAGGAAAAAUAGUUUAAUAGAUGAAGUGGCAUAGCAGUAACAUUACUGAACCAGGAAUGCAGAGGCCUAAACUAAUUGAACACAGUACUGUGUGGCAUCUGGGUAGGUGUUCCCAUCUACUAAUACAUGGUUUGAAUUAGCCUUUGGAGCAGGAUAAUCAGAAACUUUUUUUGUUAAUGUCAUUUUAAGGCAUUCAGGAUGAUACAAAAGAAAACCUUUGAAUAAACAGAUCUGUUUCACCUCUGUUUAGUUUUAUUAUUAAACCUUACACAAUUGGUAACCAGAAGAAUAAGCACUGACUAUAUUUAAAGGUGGCUAUCUUUGAGUCAGACAAUUGUUUUAUUGCUCUUCCAUCAGCGCUGUGCAGCAAUGCUUUUUUUUAAAACAAUAAAGGUUACUGUCCUGCUUUCCUCCAAGCUUAAUAUUUUGAAAUUUGUUUAACAUUCAGUUUAAAACCUCCCUGUUAAGUUUCAGGAUGCUUCUUGUGAACGUACUGUCCUCGAUGUGUUUCUCUGCAUACAACCCAUGCAAUUUUAUAUCACUUUACAGAACUUGAUAAACACUAUGUAUUUUUUUUACUGGGAAUAUGAUGCACCUAAAUAUUUAAAGUCCACGAACAGAAGUAAUGAAGUAGUAUUUUGAAAUGUAGUAUGUCUAAGAUCAAUAAAUGCUUCUUUGUGAUAAAUUGGUGGUUGCUUUGAAAUUGGGAAUGCUUUUGCGUUUUAUUUAAUAAAAUCUUUCAACAAUUUG